AGUGUAGUAAUCUGGACCUGCACACACACGACCCGAGAUCUGCACAGAACCACACUCCAGUGCAGCAGAUCAGUCCAGAAGAACAGGAAUAUUCAGACUGUGCCAAUUUCUUUGAGGAAGAACAGCAAAUGUGGAGUUUUAUCAGCCCUGACUGAACAGAGUGACACAGAUGGCUGCUAUCGGAUAGAGACGAGGAACACCUGUCUGUCUGUCUGUCUGUCUGUCUGUGUGUCUGUGUGUCUGUGUGUCUGUGUGCAUGUAGACAGGAUCAGCUGCAGUCUGCUUUGCUGAACAACAGAAUCUAUCUCUCCAUCUGUCCCGUGUGUGUGAGUAAAGCACCAUCUGAUCCAGAACGCCGAUCAUGAUCCGUCCGGAGCGCUUCCACACACACAGAUAGCGCUGCUAUAGAUCUGAUCGUGCGGACAAUCACAGCAUCAUGGAGUCGGCGGUGAAGAACUCUCUGCUGGCCCCAAUAAAGACGCUCAAGUUCUGCGUGAGCGGAGAGAAGCAGCCGUCCGGCUGGACCAAACACGGCUCCAAACGUCACGGGUCAAAGGGCAAGACCUGCGCUCCCGAUCCGCGUCUGCUGCGAUCCUAUCAGGCCGACCUGGAGAGAGAGAGGAAGCUACGUGAGGCGAUGAACGCUCAGAAGAACGCAGAGAGAGCUGCGAUGAGAGCACAUUUCAGGAGGAAAUACCAGCUGACCAAGAAUGCCAAGGACGCGGAGCAGCUACGUGCCGCGGGGAGGAAAGUGUGUCUCCCCCGAGAUCUGGCGAAGAUGGUUGGUCCCGAAGCCCCUGCUAAAGACGACAGCUUCGGUCUGAUCGACGCCUUCCAGAGCCUCGGCGCCGGGAUCUUCACGAGAAAACAGAGCAAAACGCCCACGUCACGCGCCGACACGGAGCCCUGCAGGGUCAUCAAGGGCAGGAGGACAGAGAGACAGGAAGCGCUGCUGUGUAGUAGCAGCAUGAUCUCCUCAUGCGUGCGUCCGCCAGGGUUCUCCACGGCCGUCCGGUCGCUGUGUGUCCACGCGUGCGGCCGUGAGGAUGCGGGGACGGAGCGAGCGCUGCCGAGGAGAACCGGAGGAGUGCGAGACUUCCAGGAGAUUCCUCACACCGGCAGCAACGGCUGGAUCAACCUGCUGCGCUUCUGGAAGGACGGGAGAUUCAGCCUCCUUCACAAGCACAUGGAGAACACCUUCAGACGACUCGGACCCAUCUACAGAGAACAUCUGGGCUCUCAGAGCAGCGUCAACAUCAUGCUGCCGACGGACAUCGGGGAGUUGUUCCGAUCCGAGGGUCUCCAUCCGCGCCGCAUGACGCUGCAGCCCUGGGCCACACACCGAGAGACACGCAGACACAGCAAGGGCGUCUUCCUCAAGAACGGGACGGAGUGGCGCGCCGACAGGCUGCUGUUGAACCGGGAGGUGAUGGUGGCGUCAGCCGUACGCCGCUUCCUUCCGCUGCUGGACGACGUCGCGCAGGAUUUCUGCCGUUCGCUGCGACACCGGGUGGAGACGGAGGGCGUGGGGGAGACGGGUCAGCGCAGAAUGACCCUUGACCCCAGUCCUGACCUCUUCCGCUUUGCUCUGGAAGCGAGCUGCCACGUUCUGUACGGCGAGCGGAUCGGUCUGUUCUCGUCGUCUCCGUCUGAAGAGUCAGAGCGCUUCAUCUGGGCCGUCGAGCGCAUGUUAGCCACGACACCGCCGCUGCUCUACCUGCCGCCGCGACUGCUGCUGCGCCUGCGCGCCCCCCUCUGGACGCAGCACGCCACUGCGUGGGACCACAUCUUCAGCCACGCGGAGGCGCGUAUUCAGCGCGGGUACCAGCGAAUGCAGAUGGCGGUGGGCGGAGCCUCUGAUGGGCGGUUCCUGGGUGUGCUGGGUCAGCUGAUGGAGGCGGGACAGUUAUCGUUAGAGCUGAUCAAAGCCAACAUCACCGAACUGAUGGCCGGCGGAGUCGAUACGACGGCCGUCCCGCUGCAGUUCGCUCUCUUCGAGUUGGGCCGGAACCCUGACGUGCAGGAGCGGGUGCGAGCGCAGGUGCUGUCGUCGUGGGAACAGGCGUCAGGAAACCCCCACAAGGCCCUGCAGGGGGCGCCGCUGCUGAAGGGAACCAUCAAGGAGACGCUGAGGCUGUAUCCUGUAGGAAUCACCGUCCAGCGCUAUCCGGUCAGAGACAUCGUCCUGCAGAACUACCACGUUCCGGCCGGGACGCUGGUGCAGGUGUGUCUGUAUCCUCUGGGUCGCAGUCCUGAGGUGUUUGAUCGUCCAGAGCGUUUCGAUCCGAGCCGCUGGGCCGGAUCGAAACCGGAUGAGAACGCGGGUUCAGGAGGAAGCUUUCGCUCGCUGGCGUUCGGCUUCGGCUCCAGACAGUGCGUCGGCCGGAGAAUCGCAGAGAACGAGAUGCAGCUGCUGUUGAUGCACAUUCUGAGGAACUUCAAACUGACGGUUUCAUCCACAGAAGAGCUGAACACCAAAUACACUCUCAUUCUGCAGCCCGAAUCUCCACCCAGAAUCACCUUCACCACACGCUCACUAUAAAUCACCGUUAUUAUGAUUAUUUAUGGAAUAUUGCAGUGUUAAUUAUCAAUGAUUUAUCUGUGCUCGUCAUUAUUUUUAGGCAGGGAGCCCAAUAGUGUAAGAAAAUGACAAAUUGUCGCCUUGGAAUUAUAAGGCUCUAUCUGACGUUUUUGCCAAAAUUGAGUUAUUCCCAUUCUUAUUCUGUGACAACUUAUUUACAUUACAUGUUUCUUUAGUAUACUGUGUACAUUUUGGCUUUUUUUUUUUUUUUUU